GAUCAAGUCAUGGCUAGUUUUCUGUUGCUACAAACAUUCGACCACGGAACCUUUUUUUGCCAGUUGGUAACCACCCCAACCCACUCCAAUUCCCUUCCCUAAAUGAGAGGUUUUAUUUCUCCCCUCAGGGUAAAAUCCACAUGGACACCUUAUAGGCUUCCCUUUUUAGACAAAAUCUUGUUUUCUUUUUUUUUUUCUACUUGCAGAUGGGUUUUUUGUGGAAAAUCCCAGUAAAAGUUCAUGAUAAAUGUCCUUCUGCCAUUCAUAUGAUCACAAAGAAUAUGAAGUCAGUAAAAAAUUAACUGCUACAAUAGCUUUGCAUUAUGUUUAGUUGAUGUCUUGGAGAGAACAGUACAUGUUUAGGCUGAUAAUUUGACUUUGUUUUAAUAGCUUCAGGGUUUUUUUUAGUCUAUAAGGUGUCUGGUUCAUAAGUACUUCCUAUUUUUUAAUGGUAUGAUCUAAUUUCUAUGAGCUAAUUUUGGACUGCUCUGUACUGUGUAACAAAUAAGCAAGAGCCUGUUAAUUUCCAGCUCAGCUGGGGAGCAGGAAAGGAACAAUUUGCCGAUUGCUAAAUGAAAAUGCAGGAAUGUGAGUGGGAAAAAUGUACAAUAAUUUGUUGAACACCGAGGACCUUGCUUGGCUUCUGAGAAUUUGUAGAUAAGGGACCAGUGGGGAAGAUCUAGCUCCUAGAACUUUAACGUUGUGGCUUCUGUAUUGAGUACAAAGGUAAGAUGCUGGCAUGUUGGGAUCGUAUGCUCAGGUGACCACCCUGUCACCGUCUGUUACAAAUGGGUCCUGUUUCUGCAGCGAAGGUCGCUUGGAUCAGGAGGGAUGGUGAAAAUAGGCGCUACAGCUUUGCGUCUGCUGGUGGAUGUAUGCUUAUGCGCUUCCUGCUCUGUUUCAGACACAACAAGAGCCUGGAAAGCUAACGGGGAUUUGAUCCAAGUUUGACAGGUGAUGUUGAAUUCGAUGCUAGAGAUGUCUGAGGCUGCUUUUGAGUGUGCUUCACCAGGUUACUUCCCAACUUCUCAUUUUGCUGCAGGGACAGUGCUCAGUCCUUUUUGUUUUUUCCACUUCCCCUCACAGCCAGGCACUUCUGCAAAGAACUGCAGCAAGCGGAGUGAUUUAAAAGGACACCUGAACUGUACCUGGCUGCCUGUUGGAGAAAGCCAAAAAGUAGAGAGAGCUCUUAGCAGAAAAAUCUGGAUCUGAAAUUUAAGACAAAACUACUUGUGUCAUGUUUUCAGAGCAUAAAGAACUGAUGUUGAGGGCAUUUAUGUAAUUUCUUACCUUUUUCUGAAUGGAAAUGGGUGAAGUAUUUCAAUCUUCAUAUCCACUUAAAAAAAAUCUAAUGAAAUUCUUCUGUCCUCUGACAACAAGCUGGAGCAUUCCGCUUUUUAGAGGCUUCAUCCUUGCCCAUGUCUCUUAUUGUUGCAAAUACGAUUUGAGACAAACCUCAGUUUUUCUCUGCUGUGAACUUUUGACUAGCCCGCUUGGGGAGGGACAGGGUGGCUGAGGGUUGCAGGAGGAGGUGGUGUCUGUGCUGUGCAGACCCAAGGAGCAUGCUGGUCUUGCCAGUGACUCUCCUGGAAGACCAACCUGAUCUUAACAGACGGUUCUGCUAGUGAGGACCACACAUGGCUCCUAGUCCGCCUCUGUAAGUAUUGCACCGAGAAAACAAGGAUGCCACAGAGCCACUCUGGCUCUGUUUCAGAGCAUUUUAGCCUCAAAAGAUUGAGGCCCUUGUUCUUUUGCUGCGCCCACCCUGGAAAGACCACUGCUGCCUUGCAGACUGAGGAGAGAGCAAAGCCCUUGAGCAGUCUGCUUGGUUUUGGGGUUAACUGCCCCAAUGGCUCCUGUGUUACUUCCAUGCCGCAGGAUGGCCGGCCAGAGGGGAGGCAUUCCAGGAGCAUCCCUUCUUCCUCUGGGAAGGGCUCGCCAACAACUGCUCGUGUGUGCGCGGGCCUGGCAGGGUGAUAGAUGCCUAACGGCUCAGCUGCCUAUGGGGUUGUAGGCACAACUUCUUGAGGGUGGAGCUGCCUUCAGGAGGAGGUGUGCUCUGGAAGGCAGAGGGAGGGAGUCUCUGCUGGGCUUUGCACUCUCUCUGUCCACUUGCUCUUCUGAAGGAAAUUUUUUUUUUUUUACCUGACUGGACAAAGUUUUUAUCAAUACCAGUGAAAUUUCCCAGUUGUUCCGUACUUUUUGAAGAGUUUUAAGAAUUCCUGCCGACGUUCUUCCUGAGGGAAGCCAUGCCCUACCACAUUGUCCUUCGCCUGGUCCUGCUAAUGCUGUGUGGCAUCCUGGUCCCUGUUGUGCUGGCAGCAGAGUAUCCGCAGGGCCCGGUCCCCACCCUCUGGAACGAGCCACCCGAGCUGCCCUCUGGAGCUGGCCCCUUCGACGCUGCCACCACCACAGCCCGGCUCUCGGAUGCUACCACCUUCCCCCCGUACACCUCCGAGCUGGAGCCCGAGGACACCACCCACCUGCACCGGCUGGAUGCCGGGGACGGCUCACUGGGGCCCGGAGCUAUCGGUGCCAUUGUCAUCGCCUCCCUCCUGGGUACGUCUGUGCUUGUGGCCUUGGUCGUCAUCACGCUGAGAAAGUUCUCAGCCUCCUGA